AUUGGCAUUUGACUUGUUUUGAGAAAAAGACAGGCUGUCUGUCUGUGUCACAUUCUGCGUUUUAACGGCCACUUUGGUUGAGAAAUUAUCGAAAUUGUGUUUCGUAACGAUUCUAAUCAAAUUUCACUGCACCUUAACACUUCAAAUCUUGAUACUAAGAUCAAUAUCACAACAUAAAUGUAAUGGUACGCUAGUGAUCCAUCCUUGAAAAAUCGUUUCUUGAAAGUUUAAUCUUACUACAAAAAAUGGAAUCUCCAAGACAAUCUGAUUCUGAAUCAAUUGAAUAUUGGAGAAAACAAGCUAAACACUACGAGCAGAAGGCUAACGACAUACAACAGGAGUUAGAUGAAUACACAGAAAACUCGGCACAACUGGAAAAGGAAUUGGAAGCCUCAUUAGUGCAAGUUGAGAAACAAAACAGAGAUCUAGAACAUCAGAAUCAAAGGCUGAAGAAUGAAAUUGAAAUGCUUAGAAAUAAACUAGAAAGGAGUCAACAUGAAACAAAUGCCUUAGAAAAUGAACUGCAAGCCUUAAAAAUAGACAAAGAUAAACAGGCGGUUUAUAUCAGAGAACUAGAACAAAAAAAUGAUGAUUUAGAGAGAGGUCAAAGAGUUAUAUCAGAAUCAGUUUCAUGUAUAGAAACACUGCUAAAUCAAGCAUAUGAAAGGAAUGCUGUAUUAGAAAGUGAAGUAGAUGAAAUAGAAAAUUUAAGGGUUAAGUUACAGAGAGCAACAGAUGAAGCUAGAGAUCUGAAACAAGAAUUGAAAGUAAUGGAACUGAUUCCAUCACACAAGAAAGAGGAUGAAGAAAAUGAAACACCGGCAGUCAAUGGAAUUAUUAGUAACUCCAGGACCCAUGUUGAAAUCGAAACACAAACAUCUAUUACUUCUCCUCUAAAACGUGAAAUCAAUGGAAAUGCUAUGACGCCUUCUUCUCGAGUAUCAGCAAUAAACAUAGUUGGAGAUCUUCUUCGCAAAGUAGGGGCUUUGGAAUCAAAGUUAGCAUCGUGUCGUGGUUCAGUUAGACCUAAAGAGCAUUCACCAAACGCAAGCGCCGAGGUCAGUAAGGACUACAGGUGUGUACUCAAGAACUAAUAACGCCCAAUACCAUCACCGUCUCCACUUCACUGCAUAAGCAGGUCUCGCUUGCGUAGUAAGGCGCUAUACCAACCAAGCAGAUUUUUUUUAAAUUAUGAACUUGCUUAGUGGUAUAUCUUGCUGAUCAAACGUCUACUGUGAUCAAUAUCACAUCCUAAUUUACAAUGUCUGUGAUGAUUACGAAAUAGGUAAGGAUUGGUAUAAUGUUUAAAAGUAUUUUUCGGCUUUCCCACCGGAGACCUAGCACUUCGAGAAGUAAUUCUACUUCAUAUAUUAAUGUAGUGAUAUUAUGUUGUGUUAUUUGUAAAAUGCACAUUGUGUCUUACAAAAAUGACUGUCACGCUGUAUGAGUCUAACUUCUUUACUAAUUUAUUAAUCAAAUCUUAAAGUAACAAAGGUUUCAUUUCAUUAAAAAAUGGAAAUUAAUUGAUAGUAAACAUAACUAUGUUUUUAUUUUUAAACUCUGCAAACAAUUGAUAUAAGACUAACUGUGUUGCGUCUGUUGGUGGACAAAAAAUAUUUUGGAUAAAUUCUUCGUUGUAUAUAGUAGAUAAAGAAGAACAUGUAUGAAAUUGUUAUAAUUGUAAAAUUUUAUGGAAACUAAAACUACAUUAUUUAUAUAUGGCAUUUUUAUAAUAAUAUAUGUAAUAAUCCACACUUAAGUGUACAUAAUACUAUAAUAUAUUUCAUCUACAUUAUAUCAAAAUUCACUGUAAUGAAAAGAAAUCAAUAUAGCCUGUAACAGAAAGUGUUUGUAAUAUAAAAUAAAGCUUAGUUAUUUUUUUUAAUUAAGUAUAAUACAAAUAAAGUAAGUGGAUUUAUUUCAUUACUUGAAUUUUUGAAUUAAUUUAAACAGUCAUGAUAUCAAUAUAAUGACUACACUCGAGUUAACAUGAAAUAUAGUUUAGAAACUUCGGAAUCGGAAUAAUUCGGAAGUGCUUGUGAUAUUCUUAAAAGUUUCUAAUAUCGAUUUCAGCAUGGUUUACUAAUGUUGUGUUUAACAUCAUUGUCGAUUACCUUCUCAAACUAAUACAAACCUACUUUAAACAUACCUAUGUAUUCGAAUAUUACACUCGGGCAUGUUACUGUUUAACAUUUAGAUCUUGCCGUAUGUCUUAAGUACUGUGUAAAAAUAUACCCAUAAAAUAAAUUAAUACGUUUUCUGCUUACUCGAGAUUACACCUUUAGUAAGAUGCUCUAUUAUAAUAAUAUCUACGAUAGAAGUGGUAUAAAUAGGUUAUGCAAUAAAGCAGAGUUUAGGCGGUACCAAAUUGUGAAUAGCCUUAUGCCUAGAGAGCCUAGUCCACAUUGUUUCAGUAGUAAUAAAAUUGCUUUCAAUUUUCACUGCAUACGCAAGUAAGUUGUCGUUAGUAAAUAUUUCAAUUAGAUACUCUGACAUAUCAUUGCAGAGUAUACAAUGCGGGCCUGGCAUCUACAGACGACUUGAUAGAUAAUAAGGAUAUUUCAAUGGUAUCUUACACCUGUGAUGUUCUCAUAAAUUCCAAUGAAGAUAUCUUAAUCAAUUUAUUAAUGACUUCGUUUAUUUUAAUCUCCAACUGACACGCGCUCUCCUUACAAGUAACAGUAUACAGGCAGUUUAACAUAAUAUUGUCUUGGUUGCAUAAUAAGUUUUCACGAGUCAUAAA